UCAAUUUGCCAUUCAUUUCUGUCUUAAUCAUUUUUACUUGCAAAAAACCACACACACACAGAGAGCGCCAAAAAGAAAGAGCAAGAGCGAGGUGCAGUGCAUAGGCGACGAUGGUGGCGCGCGACAUAGACGAAUUGCCCAAGAACGCUGCCAACUACACAGCGUUGACGCCGCUGUGGUUCCUGGAGAGAGCAGCUCAGGUGCACCCCACCAGAGCCUCCCUCAUCCAUGGAUCCCGUCGCUACACGUGGCAACAGACUUACCACCGUUGCCGUCGAUUCGCCUCUGCUCUCAACAAUCGUUCCAUCGGUCUCGGCAACACCGUUGCUGUUAUUGCACCCAACAUUCCAGCUCUGUAUGAAGCUCAUUUUGGAAUUCCAAUGGCAGGAGCAGUAUUGAACCCUGUUAACAUUAGGUUGAAUGCAUCCACCAUAGCAUUCCUUCUUGGUCAUUCCUCCGCAUCAGCCGUAAUUGUGGAUCAAGAGUUCUUUACCUUAGCAGAGGAAGCUUUGAAAAUAUGGUCUGAUAAAACCAAAGGCUUCAAGCCUCCACUUUUAGUUGUGAUUGGUGAUGAGAACUGUGAUCCUAAGCAACUAAGAUAUGCUAAGGGAAAAGGAGCAAUUGAAUAUGAGGAUUUUCUUGAGAGUGGUGACCCUGGAUAUGCAUGGAAACCCCCGGAGGAUGAGUGGCAAAGUAUUGCAUUAGGUUACACUUCUGGUACAACUGCUAGUCCUAAGGGUGUGGUGUUACACCAUAGAGGAGCAUAUCUUAUGUCUCUAAGUGGUGCUGUUAUUUGGGGAAUGAAUGAAGGAGCUGUGUAUCUUUGGACACUACCUAUGUUUCAUUGCAAUGGUUGGUGCUACACUUGGACCCUUGCUGCUCUAUGUGGUACUAACAUAUGCCUUCGUCAGGUAGCAGCUAAGGCAGUGUAUGAAGCCAUUGCCAAGUACAAAGUGACUCAUUUUUGUGCAGCACCAGUGGUUCUCAAUACAAUAGUGAAUGCACCACCCGAAGACACCAUCCUUCCUCUGCCUCAUGUUGUUCAUGUUAAUACAGCUGGAGCUGCUCCUCCUCCUUCUGUUCUGGCCGCAGUGUCCCAAAGAGGAUUUCGCGUCACUCACACUUAUGGCCUCUCAGAAACCUAUGGCCCCUCCACAGUCUGUGCCUGGAAGCCAGAGUGGGAAUCGCUUCCCCCCGAAACCCAAGCCAGGCUCAACGCAAGGCAAGGGGUUCGGUACAUUGGCUUGGAAGGCCUAGAAGUGGUUAACACAACAACAAUGCAACCUGUUCCUGCUGAUGGCAAAACCAUUGGCGAGAUUGUGAUGCGUGGCAAUGUUGUGAUGAAAGGAUACUUAAAGAAUCCCAAAGCCAAUGAAGAGACCUUUGCAAAUGGAUGGUUUCACUCGGGUGAUCUCGCCGUAAAGCACCCAGAUGGAUACAUAGAAAUCAAGGACAGAUCAAAGGACAUAAUCAUCUCGGGUGCUGAGAAUAUCAGCAGUGUGGAGAUUGAGAAUGUUAUGUAUACACACCCUGCAAUUCUUGAGGCAUCAGUGGUUGCAAGACCAGAUGAGAAAUGGGGUGAGUCUCCUUGUGCUUUUGUGACAUUGAAGCCAGGAGUGGAUGCUAGCAACGAGCAGCGUCUUGUUGAGGAUAUAAUGAAGUUCUGUAGGGCCAAGAUGCCUGCUUAUUGGGUCCCAAAAUCAGUGGUUUUCGGACCCUUACCUAAGACAGCUACUGGGAAGAUUCAGAAGCAUUUGCUAAGGGCCAAGGCUAAAGAGAUGGGACCUGUUAAGAUCAGCAAGUUGUAAGUCACAUUAUAACAGAGAUCAUGACGAAAUAAACGUUGCUAUUAGUCCUUGCUUUGUGUUUUCAAGAAUGUACUAAUUAGUUAAGGUUUCUUUCUCAUAAUAAUUAGUGUACACCUUUUAUAAAUUAAACUCGUGUAAUAAUAAUAAUAAUAACAAUAAUAAAUGUAAGUUUAUUCAAAAUGAUAA